CGUGUGGAGGAAGUUUAUCUCGAGUGUAGAGAUUUUUAAGCGCCAGCAUCUUCCAGCCCCCACGUUCUCCCCCUCCUCACCGGACUGAUCGAUCUCCCUUCCUCCCACCAGAGUUCUCAAUUCGGCUGCGUCUACCCUCCUAGGUCUUCUGGGAGAAGGAGCACGGCCGAGCAUCUCUGUCUGGGACCCUGAGAUGGAGGUGGUUGACACUGUCUCCUUUUUCUGGGCUUUAUCUUUCUGUGUCCCUUUCUGGAUUAUCGCUUUUCUCUGCAUCCGAUGUCGGGAAGGGGCACCCACACGGAUCCCCGCUGCCUUUGAUGAUUACAUCGAGACCAAUACGUUCAGACCCGGUGGACAGGCCCCCAACAACUCCAGCUUCACUGUCAUCCGUCAACCCCAAUAUCAGACUUCGGUGAUCCCAAAUUUGUUAAUGACCCCACAGCCAAACAGUCGGAGAAGCUCACUCCUUGAUAUGAAGGAAUCAGACUCAGAGUUGGACCCCAAUUAUGAAAACACAGUACUUAAAGGUAGCAGUGAUGAGGAGGAGCCCAAGAAUGACACCAAUUAUAUAGAAGUUAUUCCUGAUAGUGUUCCUUCGUCGAAGAUGUCUCCUCAAAGCUCCCGAAGGUCCCGAGAUAAUCGGACUAGCAGUGGCACCAUUGGCGAGGACUAUGAAAACCUCAAGGACGACGGCCAAGAUGGCAGUUCUAACUACGUCAAUGUUGAGCCUCUGGAUGAAGACGUUAACAGGCAGAGUGCGGAGGAUGACGAGGACGAAGAUGAGAUAUCGGACUAUGUCAACUCCUCCAAAUGUGUCCUGCGGCAGUGAAUGAGACGGACAACGCCAGUGUCAGAGAGACGAGGAGGAUGACGAUCAUUUUAUUUCCAGUGGAGAAUUGUGCACUCAAAUUGCCAGGCCUCUCCGCAAUCCCGAAUUCCUUGACGCUGUUGAUCAAUGGGUCGAGUUUGUGACCUCCGUUGUGUUUGGCUCAGGAUGCAGGUCUCCAAACUGACACCUCAACCUUCCUCCUACCCACCUGUAUCCUAAAAGGGGUUCUACCCCUGCUGAUCCAGUGAGGCUGCUAAAUGCACCCCCUCUGUCCCCCCGAGAGGGGCAGGGGUGGUCUGUGGUCUCGCCGAGAUCUCGGGAGCCCACGGCUGAAUCAGAACUUGUGCUUGGCCUUUCUGCCUUCCUCUUCUCCUGCUACCCACCCCAUCAUCCACCUCUCUCUGCCAGGUGAGGCUCUCCUCCCUGCUUCUUGUCUCCAUAAGCCCCUCCCUCCCCUACACCCCUCCCUGUUUCAAUCACCCUGUGACUCCCUACAUUCCUCCCCCUCUCCGUGACCCUCUGACUCCCCUACACCCCUCCCCAUUUCAGUGGCCCUCUCCCACACCUACAUCCCCCCCGCAUCUAUGAGCUCCUCUCUACCCUACACCCCUGCCUGUCUUUGUGACCCCCUCCCUCUCCAACAACCGCCUCCCUCCCCCUGCACCCUCCACCUCUCUCUCCUCCGCUACAAAACGUCUGCCGCCAAACUUCCGUGAAACGGUUAUUCAGUUCUGUCAAUGAAUCCGUGAAGUUUUUUCCCUGGAGAGAAAUAUCCCAAAGGUGUUGGCAGAAAUCUAGAAAUGACAGCAUGGUUGACGAUAUCCUGAGAUUAAUUAUUUUUAUUGUGUGUGUUGGAUUGUUUACUGUGAUGUACGGUAUUAGCUUCCUGCUCUUCCUUCAGAACUUGGUCUCCGGGGAAAGGUCUGCGAGGGUAGCGAGGGCGGGACACAGGAGCAGAGGGGCUGGGAAUGACGCAGAAGGAGAUUCUGACCUGAGGGAGUGGUACAUCGAUGUCCCUCUUGUGUCCACCUCCCUGUCUGUCUCUCUCUAUCUCUCCCUCCAUCUGUCCUUCUCUUUCCCUGCCUCCUCUGUUCCUCCCUAUCUCUGCACCUCUCUUUCUCUCUCGCUGCUCUCCCCCUCUGUCUCCCCCCCAGAACUCCUUGGUCUCUGCCCCUCUUCUCCCUCUCUCUGCCCCUCUUUCCCACCCUCCUUGUCUGCCCCACACUCUGUUUCUCCACUCUUUCCCCCUCCCUCCCUCCACAUCCUCGGACCCAGGGGGUUUAGACGUGUUUCUGUGACCCAUGCGUCCCUUGCUCUCAGCCUCCCAACUCUGCACACCGUCCCACCUGUCUUGGGAGCAGGUGGCAGCAGGCCCUCCAUUCUGCCUCCUGUCAUCAGUCCUCCAGUCCACACUUCCCCUCCUUCGUUCUGACUCCUCCUGCUCAUCCCUGCUGGGGCCCAGCGACCUCUAUCUCAACGGGGUCCCGGGGUUUUAGCCAGAGCCCAGGCCUCAACCUGACCUUUCAGCCCCAAUUCCUCAGCCCAACCUAUGAUCUCUGAUUGGGCCCCGGACUCUCUCUGCCUCCAGUCUGGGUGCAGAUUUAGCUCAGGCCUCAGUGCCUCUUGACUCAGGAUUCCAACCUGAGCUCCAGGCCCCGGGAUCCAACUUGAUGUCCUUAGCUUCAGCCUGACCUUUAGGCCCCAGGGCCUCAGCCCGACCUACUGGGAUCCCCCAGGCCUCUGUCUCCUUAUUGUGGCCCAGUAACUCUGCCCAAGCCACAGGUGCCGGCCUUAAUACCAUGGCUCCCCUAGGCCUGCUCAUUUGUCCCAUUGUUCCUUCUUCCUGUCGCCCCAGGACUUCUGCCCCAGCAUCAGGCCCUCUCUGCCCCCUCACUGAAUGGGGAUCCAGCCCUUUCGGAGGGCUGGGCUUCUUUUCAUUCUCCCCACCUCUCAAAACUUCUGAGCAAGGAGCAGGGAGACCCAGACGGAAGAAAAGUGUUUAUGUGUGUGUGUGUGUGUGUGUGUGUGUGUGUGUGUGUGUGUUUGUAUCUGUGGGGGUGGGGAGGGGAAGAAAUGAAGCAAAACUGUAACUAUUGCAUGAAUUUUCCCUCUGUA